ACAUUACCCGAAUAAAACAUGGGGAUGUAAUGUAGAUAUAGGGAGCAAAAAAAAAAUUAUGCUUUAUUUUUCAGAUUAACAAUGGCUGGAUACAUUGUUGUUUGCCUAUUUGGCUGCCAGCAUUUUGAGUUUGCCAGUAGCUAACCAAAAAAAACUACAGCAUUAGAAAUUUAAGAGCAGCAUGUUUCACCGCCGAACAUUGCAAGAGCGCCAUGCGGGAUAUACAGACUUACCAUCAGGACGACCAGAAAUGGAGUGACAUUGGAUACAAAUAAACAAUGGCUGGAUGUGGAUACAUUGUUAUAUUUGGCUGUGUGGCUGUCAGCGUUUUAAGUUUUCCAGCUUACCAAAAAAAUGAGAGUAACAGAAAUUUCAGAGGUUACCGUCUGCGCUUCCCAUACUAUUCAAGAGAAGAUUGGGGAGCCAAACCAGCCAUUUCCGUUGACCGCCUCAGUUUGCCCGUUCCUUAUGUGACCAUCCACCACACAUACAUUCCAGCAGCAUGCUUCACCGCCGAACAAUGCAAGGGCGCCAUGCGGGGUAUACAGACUUACCAUCAGGACGACCAGGAAUGGAGUGACAUUGGAUACAAUUUCGCGAUAGGCAGUGAUGGCGCGGUGUACGAAGGACGAGGCUGGUUUGCUGUCGGUGCACACGCCGUAGGCGUCAACAGCCGGAGUAUUGGCAUCGUCUUCAUAGGAGAUUAUGUUUCGGAUCUGCCACCCCCCAAGAGCCUGCAAGCUGCCAAAGACCUGAUUGCUAUUGGAGUGAAGGCGGGUUUCAUUUCUCCAUCCUACCAUCUAAUAGGCCACCGCCAGGUUACCGCGACUGAGUGCCCAGGACAGAGUCUGUACACUGAAAUCACCAGUUGGGACCGAUUUUUACCAGACUUUGAUGUAAAUACGUAAACCAAACCUUAGUGCAAUUUACUUCGACUUUUUAUUUAUCUUUGCUAAUUAUUACA